CUUUGCCCACCUCCUGCCUCCGCUUCACAUAAAAGCUGCAGCAGCCGGAUGCUCAUGCACAGCGCCGUCACGUCCAGCUGGACGCCUGACAGACGGCUCCGUGCUCCCGGUAUGGCCGCGCGCGCCCGCAGCGAAGCCGCGCCGCCCGGAUGGCGGAGUGAGUGAGAAUGCGCUUCCCCAGCUCCAUCUUUGUGUCGGUGUCUCUGUUCACGGCCGAGACCACGGCAGCGCUGUACCUCAGCUCCACUUACAGCUCCGCCGGGGACCGGAUCUGGCAGGGGCUCACGCUGCUCUUCACGCUCCUGGCGUCGGUGCUCGUUCAGCUCGCGCUCACCUUCAUCCACCGGGACCUGAGCCGGGACAGACCGCUGGUGCUGCUGCUGCACAUCCUGCAGCUCGGUCCGGUCGUCAGGUGUCUGGAGGCGUUCUGCAUCUAUGGCAGCGUGGGCGGCGUGGAGGAGCCGUACGCCAGCAUCACCAGGAAGAAGCAGAUGCCCCGAGAGGGUCAGUCUGAGGAGGUGGAGCGGCAGGUGGGGCAGGCGGAGGGCAAGCUCUUCACGCACCGUGCAGCUUUUGCUCGCACCUCCGUCAUUCAGGCGUUCCUGGGGUCGGCCCCCCAGCUCACCCUACAGCUCUACAUCUGCGUUGUCCAGAGGGGCGUGUCCAUCGGAAGAGGGACCCUGAUGGUGAUCUCUCUGCUGUCCAUCGUGUACGGCGCCCUGCGCUGCAACAUCCUGGCCAUCAAAAUAAAGUACGACGACUACGAGGUGGACGUGCGGCCCUUGACUUACGUCUGCAUCUUCCUGUGGAGGAGCUUUGAGAUCGCCACUCGGGUGGUGGUUCUGGUCCUGUUCAGCUCGGUUCUCCAGUUCUGGAUCCUCCCCGUGGUUUUCGGGAACUUCCUCGUCUUCUUCUUCUACCCGUGGAUCCUGUUUUGGCAGAGCCACUCACCAUUCCCGGAGAACAUCGAAAAAACCCUCACCCGGGUGGGAACCACCAUCGUGCUCUGCCUUCUCACCUUCCUCUACGCCGGAAUCAACAUGUUCUGCUGGUCGGCCGUGCAGGUGAAGCUGAACGACCCGGACCUCAUCAAUAAGUCCCAGAACUGGUAUCGCAUGGCCGUUUACUACAUGCUGCGCUUUGUGGAGAACGCCUCUCUGCUCCUGCUGUGGUACGUCUACAGAACGGACGUGUACGACGUGGUCUGCGCCCCUCUGCUGGUGCUGCAGCUGCUGGUGGCCUACGCCACAGCCAUCUUCUUCAUGCUGGUCUUUUACCAGUUCUGCCACCCGUGCCGACGGCUCUUCUCCUCCAGCAUGACCCAGGGCUUGUGGGAUUGCUCGUCGCUGCUCUGUGUCGCGUGCAGGUCUGCGUCGGCUCCGAGCCGACCGAUGGGGAAAGCCGUGCCGGAGCCAUCGUGGAAAGAUCCGGCUACAGACCAACCGCACGAUACAGUCAGCGGCAGCACAGAUGACCUACCCAACAACACAACCUACGACAUGCUCAACGACACGACCUUUGACGCUCCUAAUGAGCCAGAAGACAACACCGGGGGCGGAGCCAACGGAGAUCUAAGCCACAGUCUGGCCUGCAACGUUUAACCUUUAACACCAGUGUUGACAGUCUUUCAAACGUCUUUGACCGUUUACGCCUUUAAUGUAAUUUCAGCAGAUUUGAAAGUAGAGAAAAGCAGCUUUGAACUGAUAUGCAACACUUAGCAAAGGUGUGAAGUCGAUACGUAAAGAAUCAGCAGAUUCAUGUUGAUCACGUAAACGGUCGAAGAGUUACACUACUUAGGCGUCACCAGAGACUUCUCCAGUGUGUUAACCAUCAGCAGAAACCAUCCGUACCUUCAAAGUGCCACACACACACUCCAUGCACACGGGAGUCCUGGCUUCACCACGCCGAGGUGAUGCUCGCUCAUCAUCAGUUGGCUUCUCAUGCUGCAGCCUCCAGUAAUAAACCCAUAAACCCCAUAUGCUGCAUCAAUAACCACAAGUAGCCGCGCGCUUGAACUUCUUAAAUGAUUGUAUAUUUGGUGUCUCAGACGUGGUCUGAUGGUUCAAAAAUUCCAGGGGAUUGAUCCCCUCAUCGCCAGUUUUAUGGCUGAAAGUGACUUUUUUUCUUCUUUGUUUUAAUCCUCAACAAGAGCUUUAAAAAUCAACCGGCGCUGCUGAUGCGCUUUUCUCGUCCACAAGAUGUUGAAGUCUGUUUGAUCACGAGUCCUGUGAAGCACAGGCGUUUCCCACAAAGGCCAAAACGCUUCUUGCACGUUUACACAAAUAAACAAAUGAAUGGAUGAAGUGUCUUUGAAUGAAAUGCCAGCCUCAGUGAUGUGAAACGCUUUGCUACCGUCUGCUCUCUGCCUGCAUAAUCAGUUUGACUGUAUAUGAGAACUGGACCGAGUGAGUGUGACAUCACCCAUGGAAAACGACUUACAGUUCCCUAAAAAAUACAAUAAAAAUUAGAAUUUACAAGAACAUGUUACAAAAAGAUGGCAGAGAAGACAAAUAGAAUGACUGAGUAAAAGCUGUUUAUUUCUCAAUAGAAGUCUUUGCUUCUUGGAGGCA